UACUAAAACUGAUUACAUAAAUUUUUAAUUUCCCUUCCAAUUGCAUUAUAGCUUAACUCCAGAUAUUUCUUCUAUUGACUCUUUAUUUCGUCCUUAUGGACUUUUAGCGACUUGGACAAGCUUAGAUAAAUAAUAGUAAAUUUAAGGAAAUUUAAUUUUUUAUGCAAAAAGUGUUGACUCUACAAAUUAUUAUGGCCAUUUUUAUGAUUAAAACUAAUUUUAAAUAUAAAUUUAAAGUGGCUGGUAUUAAAUUAUGAUUUAAAUAAAUGAUAAAAGAGCUUUGUAAUAUUAAAAAGUGGAUUGUUUAUUAUAAAUCUAAAUCGAAACUGUGAGCGGAAUCGAUAAAAAUAGCUAAAAAUAUGACUUUAAUUCAGGUUUUGCUUAUAUUUACUUAUAACCUGCACCCUUUGAAAAUCUAAAAUUUAAUGUUUUCUUUGAAAAUGAUAAGACUAGAAAAUAACUAUCAAAAAGAGAUAAUAUAGUUUGGUUUGAUUUCGAUUCUCAAUAAAUUACUAAUUAUUCUUAAAGCGACGAAGAUAUAAGGUUUAUCAUUUUACUAAACGAUAAUUCAUUUUAAUUUGAAUUCGAAAAAGGUUGCAAAUCAGUAAAGAAAGAUUUAAUUCCAAUAAACAAUCCACUUUUAGAUUCUUAAUAUAAAUGUACAGUAGAUAUUUAAACUAACUCUCUUAUAAUUCUUUUAAAGCCUUAAGCUAUAUAAGCCACAAAAUAUUAUAGAAUAGAAGCAACUAUUAAAAAUCCUUCCUUUGUUAUUCAAAAUAUUGGUGUUUAAUUAAGAAUGCUAAGAGAUUAUUCACCACAUAUUCUUUCAAUAGGAAAUGCAAAUAAUAUAUUUGAAACAAGCCCAAUAAACUUAGCUUCUUAUAAAGUUAGUUUUGGCUGGGAUGUUUUACCGUCUUAAUAAAAUCCAUUUAAAAUGAUUGUUGUAAGAGGGGAUAAAAAAGAUGCUUCUUAUAUUCCUUUUAAUUCAUUUAAAUUUAGAUUUAUAUUAGAUAUCGACACUCCAGAAUAACAAGAGUUAAGAGUAAUUCUAAAACUUAAAACAGAACCUGAUGAUAUUUUAUUAGCUGGUUCAAUAAAACAUAAUUUUCCUGGAUUCAACGUCAAUCCGUAAUAAGUCAAAGACAACUUUUGUAGAGAAUAUAACAAAGACACAUCUGAUAAAAGAAAAUUAAUAUGUUCUUCUAUUGGUUAAUUAAAAAAGAUUAAGAAUAUUAUAUUUCAUUUAAAAUUUUAAAAAACAUAUCCUUAAAAUGCUUACUCCAUUAAAUCUAAAAACGGUAGAAAUUGGGUUCCUUAAGAGACUAAACAUAAGUUUACUCAAGUAAGCUCAAUUAAUAGUUCUAAAAACUUAAUUAAUUUCAACCCUACUACAGAUAUAGGGAUAAAAGGAAACAAUUAAAUUUAAAAAUUAGUAUUUUGUUUCUAAGCUCCUUACACUGAUGCUGUAAAAGCAAUAUAAUAUGAUAGCUUAGCAGAUAAAAGUUUUAAUGAUAUAAAUAAUGUUGGAAUGAACAUUAUAAUGAAUCCUAAAUUUAGCAUUCAAUAAAGCAGUGUCUCUGUAGAAUUAAAUGAUUCUACUGUUCCUCGUGUAUCCGUUCCUAAAAUAUCCUAAAAUAAUUAUUCUUAUUAAUGGAUAUUCAAUUGA